UCGGAGAUCAAAAUAAACAAAACUGAUUCAUUUGCGUAAAUUUCUGAAACAGAUUUUUUGUUUUGGUGUUCAAAUUGCGGGGAACAGAAUUUUAAAACAUGUUCAUAGUUUUGAAUCUGCAAUAGCAUCAAGAAACCGUCAUCAAUGGCGAGCGAAACAACGAUUUGUAACUUUUUCUGUAGUACAAAAAGUAUUCAUUUUCGUUUGAAGCCAACCUUCUGAUCGAAGCUAUCAAUUUCUCACACUGGCUGGAAGAACACUGGGUUUUGGUUUGUAAAUAAUUCGUAUAACAACUGGUUUAAAACAACAAAAAUGUCAGUGAGAGACUGGAAAAUUGUGCGCGUCUUGGCCGGUAUUGCGAUGCGCAUUUGGGCCGCCAGUGGAGCUGCUCUCUUGGGUGCUUUUAUCAUAUACAUCGUUUACGGAGGAUUCUUCGCUUUCGUGUUGCUAAUUUUUGCUGCUUCAGGAAUUCUUUAUCACGCACAAGAUAACCUAAUGUUUCAUCCCGAUUUACCUGCCAAUUCGAGAAUUUUCAUUCCGGUUCCAUCGAUGCAUGGUUUGCCUUACGAAACUUUGCAACUGAAGACAAGAGACGGUAUCUCGCUACAUUCCUUCUGGAUACGACAUCUGGGAGAUAAGGGUCGUUACGUUCCUACGAUCGUUUAUUUUCACGGAAAUGCUGGCAACAUGGGACAUCGACUGCAGAAUGCUAGUGGAUUCUUCCACACAUUACAGUGCAAUGUUCUGAUGGUGGAGUAUCGUGGCUAUGGCCUUUCGGAAGGGAUUGCGAGCGAAAAGUGUUUUUUCUUGGAUGCCAAAAUGGUCUUGGAUCAUCUCUUCAGCCGUCACGAUUUGGACCAUAGUCAGAUUAUUGUGUUCGGCCGAUCGCUGGGAGGAGCGGUCGCCAUCGAUCUGGCAGCUGAUGCCGUCUAUGGUUCGAAGCUUAUGGGUGUCAUUGUGGAGAACACCUUCACCAGCAUUCCCGAUAUGGCGGUUGAAUUGAUUCACCCUUGUGUUCGCUAUUUACCGUUCUGUUUCUACAGAAACAAAUUUCUUUCGGUACAUAAAAUUCAGUUUGUACUAGCACCGAUUUUGUUCGUUUCUGGCCUAGCGGAUACUUUAGUGCCUCCCAAAAUGAUGACGACGUUAUACACUCGCUGUGGAAGUACUCGCAAACAUAUGCUGCAAAUUGUGGGUGGAUCCCAUAACGAUACAUGGGCUGUGAGCGGCUACUACCAAGGAAUAGCGCAAUUUCUAACUCAAUGUAAGGAAUCCAGAGGGCCUCUGCAGACACCACCUGUUAGUCAGAACGUAUGGCCCCAAAUCGAGGAAGUGUAGAAUCUGUGAGAUGGGACUCGAGUGAGCCAAGUGUGUGAGUGAGGUGUGAUAAAGGGUGCGAGAAAAUGUGGAACAGAAAUGCCUGCCUAAAUGUAUGAGUAUAGAAGCAUCCCGCCAGCAAAAUAUAAGCGAAAUAUUUAACAACAGAACAACAAUAAUAAUAACAAGCAGUUGAAAAUUUUAGGCAUUAGUAUAAUAAUGACAUUAAGAUAAUAAAUUAGCGUAGAAUUAUUUUACGCUCUCAAUCAUUCUUUCAAUUAUCAAAUCCACAAUUGCAAGAGCUCACCUUGCAGAAAAUGGAAUGAAGGUAUGUACCUAUUGCUUUUCUUUGGCGUGUGCCCCGGACCGAAAGCAAAAUGAAUCAGAGAAAAACAAUAAAACGGAAGAAUAACGACUGCAAAUAAAACAUACCUUCGCAUAAACAAUGGGAAGAAAAGAAAAUUACAUAAAUUUUUUAUGAUUUCUCUGAAUGGGUGGCAUUGCUCGGCAGCACAGGUAUGAACAUGGUCAAAGUUCAAGCAGCCAGAACCGGCAUCGUGCUGCGAAAAUUCGGAAUUAUACCAAUAAAAAACAAUGCUGAGCAUCGAUUAGAUAAAUUAUUGAUGAGUAUCAUCGGUGAGACAAGAAGGUUUAUGUUUUCAGGUAUUUUACCAGAGAUGCUAAUAGGUGGAGCAGAUGAUUUGUUGUUCCAUUUUAUCCGUGUAAUUUCGAACGACAGCAUAACUUCUUGAAUGCGUUUAUGUUUUCAAUAAAAAAAGAACUUUCGUAAUUGAAACGAGGUUGAGGGUUUACAGUGACUAUUUAAUCUGUUUCGUUGAUAAGACUGUUCCAAAAGGUGGCA